UCCCUAUCACAUUCAACAAACUAGCUAAAGCUGCAGAGUUCUGAUACUAUUUGCAUAACAAGAGCAGAAAUGGCCUUUGCUAUGGUGGGAGAGGCUCUUAUCUCUGCUUCAGUGGAGAUCUUGCUGGAUAGAAUUACUUCUUCAGAGUUUCGAGAUUACUUUGCCAACAGAAAGCUCAAUGUUUCUCUCUUGGAUGAGCUGAAGAUAAAGUUGUUGUCACUCAAUGCUGUGCUGAAUGAUGCUGAGGAAAAACAGAUCACUGAUCUUGCAGUGAGGGCAUGGCUUGAUGAGCUCAAAGAUGCUGUCUUAGAUGCUGAGGACUUGUUGGAUGAAAUCAACACAGAUUCUCUGAGGAGCAAGGUGGAGGGAGAAUCUAAAACCUUAACUACCCGGGUCAGAUCAUUACUUUCUUCUCCCUUUAAUCAAUUUUAUAGUAGCAUAAAUUCCAAGCUUGAAGCAAUAUCUACAAGGCUAGAACAUUUUGUGAAACAUAAAGAUAUUCUUGGUUUGCAAAGUGUUUCCAGGAGAGUAUCUUCCAGAACAGUUACAGAUUCAUUGGUUGAAUCUGUUGUUGUUGCUAGGGAGGAUGACAAAGAGAAGCUAUUGAGAAUGCUUCUAUCUGAUGAAGAUGGGAAGAACAAUCAUAUAGAAGUGCUGACAAUAUUGGGCAUGGGUGGUCUUGGAAAAACAACCCUAGCUCAAUGUCUUUAUAAUGAUAAUGCAGUGCAGAAACAUUUUGAUUUGACAACUUGGGCAUGGGUAUCUGAUGAUUUUGAUGUGUUUAGAGUUACGAAGACAAUUGUUGAAUCUGUCACUUCUAAAAAGAGUGAUAGUAGUAAUUUAGAUGCACUUCGGGUUGAAUUGAAGAACAACUUGACUGAUAAAAAAUUCUUGCUUGUGCUCGAUGACCUUUGGAAUGAAAAAUACAAUGACUGGAAUCAUUUAAUAGCACCUUUUACCAGUGGAAAGAAGGGAAGUAAGAUCAUUGUAACAACCCGACAACAUAGAGUUGCACAAAUAACACAUACAUUUCCCAUAUGUGAGCUGAAUCGUCUAACAGAUGAAAAUUGUUGGUGUAUACUUGCAAAACAUGCAUUUGGAAAUGAAGGAUUCAACAAAUAUCCAAUGCUAGAAGAAAUUGGUAGAAAAAUUGCAAGAAAAUGCGAUGGCCUACCACUAGCAGCUAAAACAUUGGGAGGUCUUUUGAGAUCAGUUGUUGAUGUAGAGGAAUGGGAUCGAAUUCUGAACAGCAACUUAUGGGCACAUGACGAUGUUACACCUGCUUUACGCAUAAGUUAUCUUCAUCUUCCGGCACAUUUGAAAAGAUGUUUUGCUUAUUGCUCAAUUUUUCCCAAACAACAUUUGUUGGAUAGGAAGGAAUUGAUUUUGUUAUGGAUGGCUGAAGGCUUUCUUCAACAAAUCCAUGGAGAGAAAUCAUUGGAAUCAGUAGGUGAUGAAUGCUUUAAUAAAUUGUUAUCUAGAUCUUUAAUUGAAAAUGACAAAGCUAAACCAGAGGAAAAGUUUCGCAAUCUCAAUUAA